AUGGAAGUCCCUCCGCAGUUCAUCAUAACACCACGUGACAAGACGGUGCUUGCAGGAUCGCGAGUGAACUUCCGGUGUUCUGUGACGGGCAACCCCACACCUGCUGUUUUCUGGCUCAAGGAAAACUCACAAACGCUGAUGUUUCCGAAGAAAGAUUACGACCGCCUGUCUGUGACUGACGACGGCACCCUCAUGAUCGAUAACGUUAAAAAAUCAGAUGCUGGUCAGUACCUUUGCAAGGGAGUCAACGAUGCUGGUCAGGCUUACUAUAAAGCAAAACUGGAAGUUAAAGAUUCUGAUGACAAGAUGCAUCCUCCGAUCAUCAAGCUCUCCCCGCAGAACCAGACGUUGGCCGCCAACACGGAAGCCACUCUGCUCUGCUCAGCCAGUGGAGACCCUACACCCUCCAUUGUUUGGCUCAGAAACAACAAGGUCCUCAACAAAAAAGAUGACAAGUACUCCAUUGAUGACUCAGGAAAUCUAAAAAUUAAAAACCUGCGCAAGAGUGAUUCAGGUAAAUAUACUUGCAAAGCCUUCAGUAAAAUUGGUGAAACAUCUCGUACCUGUUACAUCCAAGUGGAGGCCCACACGAACCCAUCCGUCGUUUUUUAUCGGACCCCUGAACCUUCUACAUUUCCUGGCCCCCCUUCGAAACCCACCAUCGCUGACGUCACCGAUACGAGUGUUCGUCUGAUGUGGCGAAACAACCAAAACUCAGGAUCAUCUGCCGUUUUUGCUUACACUGUUGAAUACUCCAGCUUAGAAUCUGGACAGGGAUGGAUGGAAGCGUCAAAUAAGGUAACAGAGCAGACGUACAUUGUAAGAAAUCUGAAACCGGACACUUACUACACCUUCCUCGUUAGGGCGCAGAACUCGCAUGGCCUCAGCCUCCCCAGUCCAGUCAGCGAUCACGUGCGAACAAAAGGAGGACACAACCCGUCACAAGCUCGACCAAAUAUGUCUGCUCUCAACCGAAGUUUAGUGGCUGAAAAGAUUUCCAACAAAAGUUUUGUUUUCCUGUUUCCAGCGGAGGCUACAGGUUCAACAACUGUUGUGUUGACGUGGGAGGUCAGAAAGAACCAUCGGUACGUUGAAGGCUUUCAUAUCAGAUACCGCUGCCUGUCUGAUGUCGACGAUCACUUUUAUCCAAGGGGAUACCACAGCAACUUCAACGACAGAGGCACUGACCUGCCAGAGGAGCCCAAAAACUGGACCAUCGUAACAGUUCAAAGCUCCUCCGUUACGUCGUACACCCUGUACAAUUUAGAGAAGAACACCUGGUUUGAGAUGGAUGUUCAGCCCUACUACAUGGAUAUCGUGGGCAUGGAAAGCAACAAGGUGCAAGUGAAGACUCUUGAAGAUGUGCCUUCGGCAUCUCCACAGCACAUCGAGGCGCGGAUGACGAAGAACAACACCCUCAGCAUAUCGUGGGAGCCACCGCCGAAGCAACAUCACAACGGAUUUCUCAGGGGCUACAAGAUCUUCAUAUUUGGCAACAACAGCAAGUUCGACCGAGAGAUCCAGAUAAACUCUUCAAUGCGGGAACUUCGCAUACAGAACAUGAUCCAGGACAUGACGUACAAAAUACAAAUGUGUGCUUACAAUCGUGCUGGCGAUGGGUUCCGCAGUGAUCCGAUUGUCAUCGGACCUUUACUCACAUCCUCACCUGACCCACACCUUCUGAAACAACCUUGGUUCAUCGCUAUGUUGAUCCUCUUGAUUGGAGGUCUGCUCUGGACCGUUCUCUGCGUCUUCAGUGUCUGGCUGUGCAGGAAGAGAAGCAAAGGCAUCAAACUUCACAAAAAUUGUUUGCCAAAUUCAUAUAUGGUCGACAAUUCAAUCAAUGCCGGGAAAGUGAAUGGAUACGUCACGACAACGUCAACCAACUAUCCAACGUUAUCCAAACAGAACGCCAACUUCAUCAACGCCACCGUCAACAACAACAGCAGCAACAGCAACAACAACAACAACAACCUACAGUCUCCGGGAUCGAUGAAGAACUUCAACAAGACCACCAACCCUUACAACAGCUCAGACAUCAUACCGUGCAUCAUCCAACAACAGUACAUGAUCCAGCCGAAGAGCGAAUCAACGGACAGCGGCAUCAAGCAGAACAUAUCCACCAGUGAAUCCAACAUCGAUAGCAAUCAUCUUCAAACAGAUUAUGAUGAUCACGCUGCGGAGGACGGCCAGCAAUAUGAAAGAAUUGACUUCAACCUACCCAACGAAAUUAAUCUCUUCGGCGAACAUCCGACUCUUUUCAUCCCACCCCCACCCGAGCAUCCCCCACCAACUUAUAACUCCACGAACGCAUCGCAAUCCCCUCCGAACGCCCCUCGAUGGCUGGCCAGUCAGCAGCUACCACUCUUGCCACCGCCACAUCAUGUUGCUAUGCAUUCUGAUGUCGAACCCAUGAAUAACAACUACAAUAACAACAACAUCAACAACAACAACAUCAUCCUAGGCAGCAACAUUGUUGGUUCGUUGAAAAGAGGCAUGCACACAUUGAACUACUCUAUCAACAAACCACCAUCGCCAAAGAAUACAAGCAACUUUGCAUCCACAAGCAGACCACUACAAAACAACAACAACAACAUCAGCAACAACAACAUUCACCACGUAUCGAGCGAGAGAGCGUUUGAGCAGCAUCAACAACCAUUUCAUCAACGCAACAAGAGCAAUUACUCUCAACAACUGAACCAAAAUUAUUCUUUAAAUGCCAGACUUAUGCCAGCGAUGAAGAACAAUCUUCGAACAUCCCACCCCACAUCUCCUGACUCCCCAAUCUCUGAGGUAGCCAUCUUGGAUACCGAUUAUGAUGUUGACGAGUCGGAUGCUGACAUGAACCUCUCACAGCUGGCUCAGUCGCCUUCACACAGUGACAUCGACAACAUGAUCGGUCAAGAACCAGUUGCAGUAAUUGAAGGAGGAGAUCAGUGGAGAAAUGAUGACAUGGCUGGUGAGGAUGAAAGCUCCAGUGUGAGUAGCAGUGACGACAACAACUGCCUCACUGAGAAAGAUUUCGCGAAGGCGGUGGCCAGAGCUGCUAAAAUGUCCGGCUUGAUGGUGGUUGGGUCGACCGUUAUCGAUCCAAACACUGGCAAAGAGAAAGUUCGCAAAUCGUCAAAACAUCGACAACGAGCUCGCUGCUCCAGUCCUUACAGCACUGACAGCAACUACAGCUCCAUACCUCACAAACAUCAUCCAAAAUCUGAAAGGAAAAAACGCACAAAAAUGCAGGCAGGUCUGACAUCACAGCAACCAAUUAAUUCAUCUCAACAACACCUGCAACAACAGCAGCAACAGCUGCGUCAACAAAUGCUCAUGCGUAAUCAUUCAAAUUCUCAAAAAAUGAUCGAUUUCAACAACAGCUCAACUAACUUCAACCUGCUCGAUGGCAACGUCAACAAACUGACUCACGGAAGCUCUAUACCACUACUGAACAACUCAAAUGAAUCCAAAAACACGUUUAACAAUGGAGAUUUUAGCAGAUCAAAAGAAUCAGAUAUAAAUAUGUGGAAGAUGAAAUAUUAA